AUGCCGUCCGCAUUGGAACUUGAGUCCCCGGCCGUCAAGGUCCCGGUGAGUCAAGCCAAGCUCAAGUCAGCCUCAACUCCUCCUGCCCCAAUCACUGUUCCCGCUGUUUCCUUGACAGCCGGAGUGGACGCGGCCUCGCUCGAGACAGCCUCCAAGAUUCUUCACAUCAUCGACCGUUAUCGCCUCAAGCGGCCCAUCGAUGCCGAAGUCAAACGUGAUGAGGGGGCCCUCAAGUUCCUUGCCCUCAUCUACAGUCAUGUCAAAGCCGGCGACGCGGUGCCCAUGUGUCUGCCCGCCUUUCCCUUUAAAUCGCCAAACUCACAGUCCAAAGUGCUUGGAAAGCUUCCUGAUAGAGCAGAAGAGCUCGCUCUGGCGCACCUCCACGGCCUUUGUCUGGCCAUUCAAGAUGUUUAUCCUCCAGGAGCAUGCCUCACUAUAAUCUCUGAUGGCCUGGUUUACAACGAUUUGCUUGGAGUCCCGGAUAGAGAUGUCUGGCACUACGGAGAGACCCUCCGAGCUAUGGCCGUGGCCAAGGGAUACAAACACCUUUCCUUUUCGCGUCUCCGAGACCUUGUGGCCAUCCAGCUUCCAGAGCAACUGGAUGAAAUGACAUAUGUUGCAAACGCGUCGAACUUCCGGCGAGCACUUCUCAAUACGUUUAGCCGCCCAGAUUGGGAUUGGAAGACGGUUAGCCAGAGCGAGGACGUCUGUUUAACAUAUAGGGGAUACAUCAAGUUCCUGGAAACGGACCUACAGACGGUGUAUCCCGUCGGUAACGGCCGCAGUAAGACCAAGUACAAGCGAGGCAUUGAAUACAUUGCCCAGCAAAUGAUGGCCCGUGGUGAUGCCUUUGCAAGUGCAGUCCGACAGAAAUACAAGGACUCAGUAAGACUGUCAAUUCAUCCGUCCACAGGAAGCAACAAACUCUCUAUCAGCCUGUUGCCGACUGACUCCUUCUAUACAACGCCAUGGCAUUGCGCAGUCGCAUACCGGCUAGACGGAACCACGUUUACUGUUGUCCUGCGUGGGUUCGUCAAGAAGCCCAACAAGGACCAGUUCGCCAACAAGGCUGAAGAGUUUGGGAAGCUGACCCCAUGGAAGUUUGGUCUCAUCUUGGAAGUCAAAGAUCGGGGAACGAACACUCAAGGCCUGAAUAACGUGCUAAGCAUGGAGCCAAUGCCUUUCCAUUAUGACGGCCUCUUCAAAACCGUCAGGAAGGUGGAUGAGAACGGCAAAGAGUCACUGGUCUCGACACCACCACGGUUUCAAAUCUUUGUCGGAGCCACCUCAAGUCCCCGUGACACGGGCUUCACGCUCUUUUCGUCCUCGACACUGUUUGUCAGAUAUCUCCCAGAAUGGCUGAAGCUUGAAACGCUGUCCGAAAUGACCUGGACUGUAUCGACCGCCUCAUUUGAUCAGACAGUUCUCAAGGGGCUCCCGUUAAUCACACCGCAUCCAGUCACAGGGAAGCCUUGCCUCCGCUAUCACGAGCCGUGGCCUCAGCACAAGACCAAGUUCGAGCCCACAAAGGUCACCAUUGACGGGCUGGAAGCCGCCGAGAGCGCGGCAAUAUGCGAGGCCAUCGACUCGGUUCUGUAUGACCGAAGAGUCGUCUACUACCAUGUCUGGGACAAGGGGGACAUUGUAGUGAGCGACAACAUCUUGAUGAUGCACACGAGAAGCGAGUUUGUGUCUGGAAGCGAUAGAGAGCUGUGGCGGAUCCAUUUUGACUGA